AUGUCACAAAUUGAUAUCCAGGAGUUGUUUAACAAAAGCAGGUUACCUGAUGGCUGGCGCCUUCUACCUAUAAUUUUGUAUACACCAUUCGGACUCCUACUUGUGUUACUACGACUAUUAGUAACAUUACAACUUUGGCUUUUUGCAUCACUUUUACCUGAUUGCAACUCUACUCGAGGGUUCCUGAAUUAUGGUAUUAGCUUUGCUUUUGGCAUCAUAGUCAAGAUUGAUAACGAGAAUGAAUUCAGGAAUAAACAAUCAAGAAUAAUAGUCGCCAAUAAUGUAUCUGUUUUGGACCACUUUGCUCUUCGUCGAGUAACGAAGACACUAACUCCCAGUACCUGGGAAUUACCUACUGCCCUGUGCAAUGCAUUAGGAUUACAAAAGAUGGAUAUGAGUAGUAAAGAAGCUUUAAUUGCCAAUAUAAAGCAAUUUCUUUCUACUUCUAUAUAUAACAUUGCUGUACAACCUGAGUUUGGCACAACUAACAGUCAAGUUGCUUUGUUGAAAUUCAAUUCUUGGCCAUUUAGUAUAGAAACAUUUGUGCAGCCAGUCAUCAUCAAAGCAUCGAGACCAGAAUUUGUGCCUGUGCAUCUUACUUCAUUGGCUUCAACUUGGUGGACAGAGGUAUUAUGGUUCAUGUUUGUCCCUUAUACAGUUUUCACGCUGAAGUACCUGAAAAUCAGACGUAAUCCUGACUAUGAGACUCUCGUACGAGAAGUAGAAAAAGAUAUUGCAAAUGCUUUGGGACUUCAAACAAGUUCUUUCACCGUAUCAGAUAAGACGGAGUACGAAAAACGUUAUCUUAUGGAAAGGAUACUCAAUAGAACACGUUCUAGUAGAAGUUCAUUAAAUUCACACAGUAUAGAGAUGCAGAGGAUGGUCCGUCAAGUCAGCGAAGUACUUCCAUUUGUACCACAUAAUGUGAUUCUCCUAGAUCUUUUAAAAACACGGAACAUUGAUGUUACAAUCGCCAAUAUUCUCGAUGGCAUAGUUACUUAUACUCCAGAACCGAACACAUCAGCUCAAUUACCUGUACCAUCAUCCAAUAGAUCUCAACCAAAUAUUACAAAGGAUAAAAUCUUGGGUUCUUUGGUAACUUCUUCCUUUCAAAAGAGAAAAGCUAAAAUGAUAAAAGAAGCCAGGGAAAGGUAUAUUCAAAAACAUGGACUAAAAAAUUGCUGACAUUCUUACUAUUACUUUAUUCUGAUCAAAAUAUUGUCAUUGACAUGUAUGUAACAUUUUAAAUGUAUUUACUAUUAUAUCAUAUGAAUAUAUCUUUAUUUCUAAAAGAUAA